AUGCGGUUUUAUAUUCUUGCCUGUUCUUUCCUGCUCGCCCCCUUGACAGGGGCCCGAGAUCCGGGCAAAGAGCGACCCGACCAUGGUCUCACCGUCAAAACCACAAGCGGCACUUACACGGGUUUCGUCAACGCCACGGGACUCCGCGAUGUGAACCAAUGGCUUGGCAUCCCAUACGGCCGCCCCCCGCUCGGGGAUCUGCGCUUCAUGCCUCCCAAGAGAGCGCCCGACUACGGUCGCGCUGACGCAAAAGCCUACAAGCCCAUCUGUUUCCAGACUGGCAACAGGACCGGCGCGUUCUGGGAGCUGAUGCCCGAGUUCCAGAACACGGACCCCCAGAGCGAGGAUUGUUUGUAUCUCAACAUCUGGGGCCCGCGGAAGCCCGUUGAGAAGAAGGUGCCCGUCAUCAUUUGGGUGUGCGGAGGCGGGUUUAGGGAGGGCGGCGGCCAUGCGCCCUACCAGGUCCCUGACCAGUGGAUUCAGAGGACGCAGACGCAUAUUGUUGUCACCUUCAAUUAUCGUCUCGGCAUCUUCGGCUUCCCCAACUCGCCGAUCGCCAACAAAAACGCCGGGCUGCUGGAUAUCCGGCUCGUCGUGGAAUGGCUCAAGGAUAACAUCGCAGGAUUUGGCGGCGACCCAAACCGCAUGGUCCUCUACGGCCAGUCCGCCGGUUCCACGGCCGUUCUAUCCCAGGCCUACGCAUACCCCGAGAAGCCCAUCGUCCGCGGCUUCAUUGCCUCGUCGGCCGGUAUCGGGGCCACCAACCCGACAAACACCACGCUCUUUCACGACCUGGCGCAGAAGGCUGGAUGUGCCAACCUCACCGAGGCCGCCGAACUCAAGUGCAUGCAAAAGGUUGAUGCGCCGGCGCUGCAGAAGAAGGUCAACGAAGCCAACACCGAUCCUAACCGAGGGGCUUUCCGCCCCAUUGCUGAUGGCGUUAGUCUCUUUGCGAACCUGACGGAGAGGCUCGAAAAGGGGUUGGUCGCGAAGCAGCCACUGAUCACCGGGUUUACGUACAACGAGGCGGCGGCGUUCUUGCCCUUCAACAUCAACGCCACAACACCGCCAGAAGGAGCUGGUGCGCCGGGAGCCGGCGGGCUGGCAUGUGGCUCCAGGCGCGAGAUGGAUGCCCGCGCCGCGUAUGGGUUGCCGACAUCCUUUCCCAUGGCAAAGACAUGGCCCAAUGACGACGGCGCUGACCAAACCGCAGCCGACAUCCCCCUCGUCUUCGGCACGCACUACCAGUUCCGCGGCAACUCGACCGAGCUCGAAUGGCAGACGAGCUUCGCAAUGGAAGCGGCUUGGGUCUCCCUGGCCGCGAACCCCUCGGCCGAUCCCCAGGACCAUCUCGGCCAGAAGUGGCCCAAGUACACGGAAGCCAGCCGUCAAGUUGUCGUGUUUGGUAACGCCACGGGUCCCAGUGCGGCCUAUGUGGCGCCCGCCGAGAUCUUGGACAAUUACAGCGGUCCCUGUUAA